GAUGAAUGAAUGAAGCAAUAAUUAAUCUUCUAUGAGACAGCAAAUGGUUACAGCUACAGCUAAGGUCAUGGAAACCCAAGAAUUAAGAAUUUUCGUCAUUGUAACACUUGCUCUGUAGAGAGAGAGAAAGAGUCACAGGGAAGAGAAGUAAAGGUGGGAGUUGGAGGGCCAAAGGGAGGAUCUUUGGUCUGAAGUUAUCAUAAUCAUCAUCAUUAAUUACAUUCCAAGAUCCAAUACUCUCGACUUACUCAAGCCUUUCCUUUUCCUUGUCAUCUCCCCCCUGCAAUCUGGGCCGGAUUUUACAGAAAAUUAAAUGCCCAAAUUAACCUUUAACAACUAGUCUAGCAACUGAUAAUAAGGAAAUUCAUAUGCAACAAACUUGAUAGAUUAGCUGAAGUAUUGCGCAACCGAGUAGCUAUUUGACGCUUAAAACAUAUGUCGAGAGAUUUCGUUCAAUCCACGACUAGGUUGUUUUCUGCAUUGUCUUCAAGAUAAAAAAAGGAACAAAAUGAGGUUCAAGAACAAAUCCAGGAAACCAACCACUUUACGUUGCAAUGCAGGACGCAGAUGCUCAUUUUCAGUUCUUGUAUGGAGCCUAGUUGGUUGCCUUCUUUUACUUAAUCUAUACUCCUUUAUUAGCCAAAAAGAUGCACGCCGUGGGGGGACACACUUCCAUAUAAACCAGCACCCACACAUUCGUGAGCUUGAAGAGGUUGAGGAGGAAAAUAUACAGCUUCCACCACCAAGGAAGCGAUCCCCACGUGCUGCCAAAAGAAAGCCUAAGCGGCCAACUACCUUGAUUGAAGAAUUUCUUGAUGAGUCUUCCCAGCUAAGGAAUGUUUUUUUCCCUGGUCAAAGAACUGCUAUAGAUCCUCGUAAGAGUUCUGAAAAUGAUACCUAUUAUUAUUACCCUGGAAGAAUGUGGUUGGAUACUGAGGGAAAUCCUAUACAAGCUCAUGGGGGAGGUAUUCUAUAUGAUCAGAGGACAAAAAUGUAUUAUUGGUAUGGAGAGUAUAAAGAUGGGCCAACAUAUCAUGCUCACAAAAAAGGAGCAGCACGAGUUGAUGUUAUUGGCGUUGGUUGCUAUUCAUCAAAAGAUUUGUGGAUGUGGAAAAAUGAAGGCAUCGUUUUGGCAGCGGAAGAAAACGAUGAGACACAUGAUUUGUACAAAUUAAAUAUACUGGAGAGGCCAAAAGUAAUUUACAAUGAGAAAACAGGUAAAUACGUAAUGUGGAUGCAUAUUGAUGACACAAACUACACGAAAGCUUCAGCUGGUGUCGCCACUAGCGACUUUCCCACUGGUCCCUUUGAUUAUCUGUACAGUAAACGGCCCCACGGAUAUGAUAGCAGGGACAUGACAGUCUUCAAAGAUGAGGAUGGUAUAGCAUAUCUCGUCUACUCCUCGGAGGACAACAGUGAGCUUCAUAUCGGUCCACUUAACGAAGAAUACAUAGACGUGACCCAAGCCAUGAGAAGGGUUCUUGUCGGACAACACAGGGAAGCCCCUGCUUUGUUCAAACACGGCGGGACCUAUUACAUGAUCACAUCAGGUUGCACUGGUUGGGCUCCAAAUGAGGCCCGGGCUCAUGCAGCUGAAUCAAUUUUGGGGCCGUGGGAGACCAUUGGAAAUCCAUGCAUCGGUGGAAACAAAGUUUUUAGAGACACAACUUUCUUUGGUCAGAGCACAUUUGUGCUUCCUUUGCCUGAGCUACCUGGUUCCUUUAUUUUUAUGGCAGAUAGGUGGAAUCCAGCUGACUUAAGGGAUUCAAGGUAUGUGUGGCUACCUUUAAGAGUAGCAGGGCCUGUGGACCAUCCUCUUGAGUACAAUUUUGGUUUCCCUUUAUGGUCCAGAGUCUCUGUUUAUUGGCAUAAAAGAUGGAGACUUCCUUAUAGGUGGCAGGGGAAAAAGUGAGUAGGGGAUACAGGGAAUCAUUUGUACAAUAUGUUCUCCAUUUUUUUGUUUUUCCAUAAUUUUGUUGUUGUUGUUGUAUUAUUUUUUUCAAUUUAAAAAUUAACCAGUUCUAUGCUCAAUAACAACAGGUGUAAAUUUUUAGGGUUUGAACUGCUAUGCCUAAUUCUCAUCCUGGGCAUCUGUAUCGUAAUACUGUAUAAUUUUUAGAGCUAGAAUUACUAUUGUUGAGUGAAACCAGCUUGGACUUCUUGUUUGGGCUGGCGUGGAAUUCUCUU